GACUCUGAUGUCUGACGUGACGUCACACAGCCACACAGUCCCACACACAGAUACUGUCACGCCACAGUCCCACAGGGUCUGAGGUCCACGGCACCACUGAUUCUACAGCACAACUGCACUUGGUUCUGACACGCUCCACCGGAAGCCUCCUGUCAUUGCGACACCAUCCUGCUGUGCUGAAAAGCUCACUGUACAGCAGAUGACCUCCAGCAAUUAGACUGCAUCUGAUCCCACAGCUGAAGCAGGCUCCUUCAAACAAAGGGAACCUAACCCAACUUUGAGCAGGAGAAGCAGCACUCAAAGCCCAGUCGCUGAAACUCUACCCGGUGACGAGACCAGCAGAGGGUCCGACUCCACAGGCACACAGGCAGGAUGCUGGCUAAAAUCCUCCAGGACAUGUGGGUUGAGCCUGAGGUGCUGGAGGCCCUCAGUGAGGAGCAGAAGAGAAUCCUCUUCCUGAAGAUGAGAGAGGAGCAGGUACGCCGCUGGAGAGAGCGGGAGGAGAGGGAAGGACAAGACAGCACCUACAGCCGGCCAAAGAAAGGUUGCACUAAACGUGUGAGCUGGCUGCUCAGUCGGGACGGAGACGUCAGCGUGAGUGUGAUUGGAGAGAUGGACGAGUUCAGGUCCUCUCGUCUCCUUCAGGGCCUCUUCAACAACAGACGCCACAGUGACGAGGUGAACAGCAUCCAGACAGCGGACACGCUGCCAGGCCUGACACCACACAUCCAGCUGCCCCUCACAGACGUGCACGACAGCCUGGGUGCAAACGAGUGGUCUGAGGAGGAGAUGGAUGGUGAAGCCGCCGAGGACAGCGACAGCGAUUCAGGCAGCAGCUCAGACCACCUCAGCAACUGGGCUCCGCUCUACAGGACCCAUCUGAGUCACCAUGGCAACCAGCCGCCAGUCAAAGCCAUGCUGUCAGCCGCAGAGCGAGUCGACCAGCAGAACGGAGCGGUUGUGGUCUGUGAAGAGAAAAACUCAGCAUAUGGAGGACGUGUGGCGGAGCUCAGGAAGGCUUUCACCAGCGACCAUAGCACGCCACCCGCCUGCACCAAACCUCCUCCACCUGCCAAACCCCUACACCUGCAGAAAAGGAGCAAGCCCAUGCUCUGCUAGGACUCCAAGAGGACUCAUAACCUUCUGGAUGCAAUGAACCAUGUACAGGAAAGAGAAAAACUGGCCCAACCUGAACAGCAAUGGCCUACAGACAGACAGAUCAGGGGCUGAGCCAAUGAAGCAUUCUGUUCUCACAUCAAACUGGAUGAUGAAA